AUGCCCUCCGCAUUACCUCUUCCUGAAGAGAGGUUAAUUGAAGACGCCUUUUUCCUGGGCACACAGACCGGCUCCGUAGCGUUUGAACCGCUGCUGGGGGCGAGGGCCAGCUGCCAGUUCUCCCCGUCCGAGCUCUUCUAUGACAGCUCUUGCCUCUCCUCCCCAGAGGGCGAGUUCCCAGAGGAUUUCGAGCCCCGGGACCUGCCUGCCUUCGGCUCCCACGACCCCCCUGAGCCCCCGUGCUCCGAGGAAGAGGAGCAUGUCCGAGCUCCCACCGGCCACCAUCAGGCCGGGCACUGCCUCAUGUGGGCUUGCAAAGCCUGCAAGAGAAAAUCCACCACAAUGGACCGGCGGAAGGCGGCCACCAUGAGGGAGAGGAGGAGGCUGAAGAAAGUGAACCAGGCUUUUGAGACCUUGAAGAGAUGCACCACUGCCAACCCCAACCAAAGACUCCCCAAAGUAGAGAUCCUGAGAAACGCCAUCAGAUACAUCGAGAGCCUCCAGGAGCUCUUGAGGGAACAGGUAGAAAACUACUAUCACCUGCCGGGACAGAGCUGUUCCGAACCGACCAGCCCCACUUCCAGCUGCUCCGACGGGAUGGUAAGAGAGGGCCAGGAGCAAUGGGGCUGUGGGGACACCAGGAAGGCCCGCGGGCAGGUCCUCUCGACCCAGCUUCGUGGGACCGCUCCUACUGGUCUGGGACCGGCCGAAUGCAGCCGGACAUCAGGAAAAGGCGAACGGUUUGCGCUAAAACAGGGCACCCCUCAGAUUUAA